CAAAGCAGGCUGGGAAGGGCCAGCAGCCCCCCCCACACACACCCCACACACCCCGCCCCGAGCAGGACGUGCCCGGCGGGGAGAGGUGUUCCUGGAGACUGGACGCUGCCAACAGGCGCCGUGCACGAGUGUACAGAGAGUGAGAGCCCAGGCCCCCGGCCGGUGAAACCCCUCCUGGGGAGACGUGGCUGCUGCGCUGGAGCCCGUGGCAGCCGUGGGCCUUCCCUUCCCGGCAGGAGCUGGAUGAGCAGGACCCAGCAGGGGCUGAGGGUGCAGAAGUGCCUCGUGUCGUCCAGACCGGAGCCGGUCCAGCACGAGAGCUGUGGGGGCAGGACGCAACGCAGGCCAUGCAGCCCCCUUGCGAGGCCGAGCUGCCCUCCGCGACCCCACAGCUGGCAGCGCGGGAUGAGCUCCCCACCCCAGAGCCCUGGCGCCAGCUCUUCCGUGGCCUGCGCUACCGGGAAGACGAGGGCCCAGGGAAGAUUUGCAGCCGCCUGCGGGAGCUGUGCCGGCGCUGGCUGGAGCCCCAGCACCGCAGCAAGGAGCAGAUGCUGGAGCUGGUGGUGCUGGAGCAGUUCCUGGCCAUCCUGCCCCCGGAGAUGCGGAGCUGGGUGUGCGGGUGCCGCGUGGAGACGUGUGCCCAGGCCGUGGCCCUGGCCGAGGGGUUUCAGCUGGGACAGGCGGAGGACGAGAAGCUCCAGGUCACCAUGCGUGUGAAGGGCGAGGAGGGGUCCUCAGACCAGAUGCAGCCUCCGGGGGCCCUGCCGGAGCCUGGCGAUUCCUGGGGGCAGCAGCCAAAUGCCCAUGGUGAGGACAGGCUUCUGGAGGAGGCAGGAGAGCGGGAAACCUCAGUGCCCGAGGGCGAGCUGCCCCAUGUCCACAAAGAGGAGCCCCCGCCCAACCCGGAGCCAGGCGCUGGGACCCUGAACAGAGCGGAUCAGCAGCCUCCCAAGGAAGGGUCUGUAAAGCUGGAGCUGCAGAGACCCUCCCUAGGGAGACGGGGACAGAGCGGCUCCCAGACGCCUGGGCCGGGCCAGCUGCAGGAGGGGCAGGGCAGGCCAGCGAAGCAGGGGGAGAGCAUGGAGCUCCGGGAGGUGUUUGAGGACGUGGCAGUGUAUUUCACACGGGAGGAGUGGAAGCUGCUGGAAGAGGAGGACAAGGGGCUUUACCGGGACCAGAUGCUGAGGAACUACCAAGCCCUCGUUUCCCUGGCAGGAUAUCGAGGCCCUGCCCCUGACUUGAUCUGCCGCAUCCAGCGAGGACAGGUGGAGCUCUGGGUCUGUGAUGAUGAGGACCGUGGGGAAAUGCGGAAGUCAGAGGACGUGCUGCCAGGACAUGACUGGUUGCUGAGCAGAACUGAGGAGCAGGCUGCUGAGGAAGGGCCUGGAAAGCUGGAGCCACCAUGGGCUUCCCUGGGGAGUAUUGGUGAGGUGGAUUCCCUGAGCCCAGGGAAGGACCAAUGGCACAAGAAUGAGGGGAUGCCCCCAAAGCAGGAGAAUGUAGCAGUGAAUGCGGUCCCAUCUCUAGUUGGGCCUUGGAGUGAAGAAGGGAAAGAAGCCAGUAAAAGCCCAAGAUGCAGGGAUGAAUAUGUCAUGCUGAGACACCUGAAGAGGCAGAAAGCAAAGGUGCAUUGGAGAGAGACACUGCAUGCAAACCAAGGCAGUGUUGGGGGUCUCAGAGGGAAGCAGGAGCUCACUGCCAAGCCCAGGGGGAGAGCCCAUCCCUGCCCUCAGUGCAGGAAAAGCAUUAGCUGCCCCUCACGCCUAGCUCUACACAAGAUAAGGCACACUGGGGAGAUGACCCAUGUACGCGCCACGUGUGGGAAGAGCACCUGCCUCUCGAACCUGGCUGCUCACCACCGGAUCCAUUCUGGACAGCUCCCCCACCGCUUCACCAAAAGGGGGAAGAGCUUUGUGCUGCUCAAAACCCAGGAUGUGCACAGGAAGACGUGUCAGUACUGCUGUGUCACAUGUGGUAAGACCUUCACCCAUUUCUUCUCCCUGGUUCAGCACCGGCGCAUGCACUUGGGAAGGAAGACAUACCAAUGCAAAGAGUGCAGGAAGAACUUCAUCAGCUGGCAAGGCCUGUCCCAGCACCGGUGUGUGCGGAGGAGGCAGCAGCCAAACUGCUGCACGAAGUGUGGGAAGAGCUUCAGGCAGCACUCCAGCCUGGCCAGGCACAGGUGCAUGCGCACACGGAAAAAGCCACAUAAUUGCUCUGUGUGUGGGAAGAGCUUCAUCUUCUCUUCCAAGCUGCCCCAACACCAGGUUAUCCACACAGGGGAGGAGCCACAUCAGUGCUCUGCAUGUGGGAAGAGCUUCACCCACUCUUCCACCCUGGCCCGGCACAAGUGCAUCCACACAGGGGAGAAGCCAUAUCAUUGCUCUGAGUGUGCGAAGAACUUCACUCGCUCAUUCAGCCUGGCCUACCACCAGCACAGCCACACAGGGGAGAAGACACAUCAGUGCUCUGAGUGUGGGAAGCGCUUCAGUUAUUCCUCCCACCUGGCCAAGCACCAGCGCAUCCACACAGGGGAGAAGCCAUAUCAGUGCUCUGAGUGUGGGAAGAGCUUCAUCCAAUCCUCCCACCUGGCCCAGCACAAGCGCAUCCACACGGGGGAGAAGCGACAUCAGUGCUCUGAGUGUGGGAAGAGCUUCACUCGCUCCUCUGGCCUGGCCUACCACCAGCACAUCCACACAAGGGAGAAGCCACAUAGGUGUUCUGAGUGUGGGAAGAGCUUUAGUUAUUCCUCUGACCUGGCCAAGCACCAGCACAUCCACACAGGGGAGAAGCCAUAUCAGUGCUUUGAGUGUGGGAAGAGCUUCAGUUAUUCCUCCGAGCUGGCCCGGCACCAGCGCGUCCACACAGGGGAGAAGCCAUAUCAGUGCUCUGAAUGUGGGAAGAGCUUCAUCCAAUCCUCCCACCUGGCCCAGCACAAGCGCGUCCACACGGGGGAGAAGCGACAUCAGUGCUCUGAGUGUGGGAAGAGCUUCACUCGCUCCUCCGGCCUGGCCUACCACCAGUGCAUCCACACAGGGGAGAAGCCACAUAGGUGCUCUGAGUGUGGGAAGAGCUUCAGUUAUUCCUCCGACCUGGCCAAGCACCAGCGCAUCCACACAGGGGAGAAGCCAUAUCAGUGCUCUGAGUGUGGGAAGAGCUUUAGUUAUUCCUCCGAGCUGGCCCGGCACCAGCGUGUCCACACAGGGGAGAAGCCAUAUCAGUGCUCUGAGUGUGGGAAGAGCUUCCGUUAUUCGUGCCACCUGGCCGUGCACCAGCGCGUCCACACAGGGGAGAAGCCAUAUCUGUGCUCUGUGUGUGGGAAGAGUUUCAGUUGUUCCACUUCCCUGAUCAAGCAUAAGCACAUCCACACAGGAGAGAAGCCAUAUCGUUGCUCUGAGUGUGGGAAGAGUUUCAGUUGUUCCUCCGAGCUGGCCCGGCAUCAGCGCAUCCACGCAGGGGAGAAGCCAUAUCAGUGCUCUGAGUGUGGGAAGAGCUUCAGUUGUUCCUCCGAGCUGGCCCGGCACCAGCGUGUCCACACAGGGGAGAAGCCAUAUCAGUGCUCUGAGUGUGGGAAGAGUUUCAGUUGUUCCUCCCACCUGGCCAAGCACCACCGCAUCCACACAGGGGAGAAGCCAUAUCUGUGCUCUGUGUGUGGGAAGAGUUUCAGUUGUUCCUCCUCCCUGACCAAGCAUAAGCACAUCCACACAGGGGAGAUGCCAUAUCAGUGCUCUGAGUGUGGGAAGAGCUUCAUUUAUUCCUCCGAGCUGGUCCGGCACCAGCGCAUCCACACAGGGGAGAAGCCAUAUCAGUGCUCUGAAUGUGGGAAGAGCUUCACCCAAUCCUCCCACCUGGCCAAACACCAGCAUGUCCACACAGGGGAGAAGCCACAUCAGUGCUCUGAGUGUGGGAAGAGCUUCACCCAAUCCUCCAGCCUGGCCAAACACCAGCGCAUCCACACAGGGGAGAAGCCACAUCAAUACUCUGACUGUGGGAAGAGUUUCAGCAUCCCCUUCAACCUGGCCCGGCACCGGCGCAUGUUCAAAGGGGAGAAGCCACAUCAUUGCUCUUAGUGUAGGAAGAGGUUCUCCUACUCCUGCAGCCUGUGCUGAACACCAGUGCAUCUACACAGGGGAGAAGCUACAUCAGUGCUCUGAGUAUUGGAGAAGCUUCACC